GGCUCCCAUUGGCUGCCGCGGCCCCUGUGACGCCGGGUGGCGACGGGCUCCCGGGUGUGAGGGGCUCCUGCUUGUCAGGUUCUAGCUCAGUUCUUUUGGCUAGACCUGUGGUCACUUCCGUGAGACUUCACUGCACACUUUCUCAAGCGUCUUCCUCAUCCUCAAUUGUGUAACUCCUCACCAUGGACCUGCUCCUUUAGUGAGACAUGACCAGCAAUGAUAGUGGUAAGAUAUGCGCUGACUAACAGGCUCACUUGUGUGGCAUAGAGGACAAGCAGUACCUUACAAAAUGGGAUUUGGGAGUGACCUGAAGAACUCACAGGAAGCUGUGUUAAAGUUGCAAGACUGGGAAUUACGGUUACUGGAAACAGUGAAGAAAUUUAUGGCUCUGCGAAUAAAAAGCGAUAAAGAAUAUGCGUAUACGUUACAGAAUCUUUGUAAUCAAGUUGAUAAAGAAAGUACUGUGCAGGUGAAUUAUGUCAGUACUGUGUCCAAGUCUUGGCUCCUGAUGAUUCAGCAGACAGAGCAGCUCAGUAGGAUAAUGAAGACGCAUGCAGAGGACCUGAACUCGGGGCCCUUGCAUAGGCUCACGAUGAUGAUCAAGGACAAGCAGCAGGUGAAGAGGAGCUAUGUGGGCAUUCACCAGCAGAUAGAGGCGGACAUGAUCAAGGUCACAAAGACAGAAUUGGAGAAAUUAAAAUCCAGCUAUCGACAAUUAAUAAAAGAAAUGAAUUCUGCCAAAGAGAAAUAUAAAGAAGCCUUAGCCAAAGGGAAGGAAACCGAAAAGGCCAAGGAGCGCUAUGACAAAGCUACGAUGAAGCUUCACGUUCUGCACAAUCAGUAUGUGUUGGCCCUGAAGGGGGCCCAGCUCCAUCAGAGUCAGUACUACGACACUACCCUCCCUCUGCUGCUGGACUCUGUGCAAAAGAUGCAAGAAGAGAUGAUAAAGGCACUGAAAGGUAUAUUUGAUGAAUAUAGCCAGAUAACCAGCCUCGUUACAGAGGAAAUAGUGAAUGUCCAUAAAGAGAUUCAGAUGUCCGUCGAACAGAUAGACCCUAGCACAGAAUAUAAUAACUUCAUAGAUGUUCACAGAACAACAGCUGCUAAAGAACAAGAAAUUGAAUUUGAUACUUCCUUAUUAGAAGAAAAUGAAAACCUUCAGGCAAAUGAGAUCAUGUGGAAUAAUUUAACAGCAGACAGUUUGCAAGUAACGUUGAAGACUUUAGCAGAAGAGCUUGCACAGACACAACAGAUGCUUUUAAGCAAGGAGGAGGCCGUCCUGGAGCUAGAGAAGAGGAUUGAAGAAUCUUCCGAGACUUGUGAAAAGAAGUCUGACAUCGUGCUUCUUCUGGGCCAAAAGCAGGCACUUGAAGAGUUGAAGCAGUCAGUCCAGCAGUUGAGAUGCACUGAGGCCAAGUGUGCAGCCCAGAAAGAAUUGCUGGAGCAGAAAGUGCAGGAGAACGAUGGGAGAGAGCCGCCUCCCGUGGUGAAUUAUGAAGAAGAUGCACGGUCAGUCACAUCGAUGGAACGAAAGGAGAGGCUAUCCAAAUUUGAAUCUAUUCGUCAUUCAAUUGCUGGAAUAAUUAGGUCUCCAAAAUCGGCACUGGGCUCAUCGGCACUCUCUGACAUGAUCUCCGUGAGUGAGAAGCCCCUGGCGGAACAUGACUGGUACCAUGGCGCCAUCCCCAGGAUAGAGGCACAGGAGCUGCUGAGACAGCAAGGGGACUUCUUGGUGCGCGAGAGCCAUGGGAAACCCGGUGAAUAUGUCCUUUCCGUGUACUCCGAUGGCCAGAGGAGGCAUUUCAUCAUACAGUUUGUCGAUAAUCUGUACCGAUUUGAGGGCACCGGGUUUUCAAAUAUCCCUCAACUUAUAGAUCACCACUUCUCAACCAAGCAGGUCAUCACCAAGAAGUCUGGAGUGGUUCUGCUGAACCCUAUUCCUAAGGAUAAGAAAUGGAUUCUCAAUCAUGAAGAUGUUUCAUUGGGAGCGUUACUGGGCAAGGGGAAUUUUGGUGAAGUAUAUAAGGGCACACUAAAGGAUAAAACUGCUGUCGCUGUUAAAACAUGCAAGGAAGAUCUUCCUCAGGAGUUAAAAAUCAAGUUUCUACAGGAAGCCAAAAUUCUCAAGCAAUAUGAUCACCCCAAUAUCGUGAAACUUAUAGGCGUGUGCACACAAAGACAGCCUGUCUACAUCAUUAUGGAACUAGUCCCAGGAGGUGAUUUCCUCUCCUUUCUGAGGAAGAGGAAGGAUGAACUGAAGCUCAAGCAGCUAGUGAGGUUUUCCUUGGAUGUCGCGUCUGGCAUGUUGUAUCUCGAGAGCAAAAACUGUAUACACAGGGACCUGGCCGCAAGAAACUGCCUGGUAGGUGAAAAUAAUGUUCUGAAAAUCAGUGAUUUUGGAAUGUCUCGGCAAGAAGACGGCGGAGUAUAUUCAUCUUCUGGCUUAAAGCAGAUCCCCAUUAAGUGGACAGCACCGGAAGCUCUUAAUUACGGGAGGUACAGCUCUGAAAGUGACGUGUGGAGCUUCGGCAUCCUCCUCUGGGAGACCUUCAGCCUAGGCGUCUGCCCGUACCCAGGGAUGACGAACCAGCAGGCGCGGGAGCAGGUGGAAAGAGGAUACCGGAUGUCAGCCCCACAGAACUGUCCAGAAGAGAUUUCUAAAAUCAUGAUGAAGUGCUGGGAUUACAAGCCUGAGAACCGCCCCAGGUUCAGCGACCUUCACAAAGAGCUCACUGCCAUCAAGAAGAAAAUCACAUAGUGCCAGCCAGGGCUAGACUCUACCUGUAGGACCCGCCCUCAGCCAUCCAACCCUAUACCACCUACUGCAGCCAUCUUGGAAGGUUAUGUUUUUUUUAAUUAACUGGGUUUUUUAAAGUCUGUUCCACUUUUAAAGUAUGUUAAAGGCAAAUUUAUUCAAGAAAUAAACAGUCCUACCCAUGGCCGUAUUAGCUAACCACAGAGUCCUACCGUUUGAGACCUCUAUAAAGAGAAAACACGGGCCUGGCUGAGAAGAUGAAGGUCUGUGUGUUCAUGCCUAGGACCACUGACCCCCUUCAGUUGGUGCUGUGAACAGCGUUGGUAGCGCAUGCUUGCAGGACGCCUUCCCACCACAGGUGGCUUUCUGCUCUGCCAAGGCGAGAUUGGAUCUAUAAAUAUAAUCAUAUAUUGGGAAUUACGUGGACCUCCUAGGGUUUUUCUUUUCUUUCCUGUCAGAACAAGCCCGGUGAGAACAUCACACCCUUGUGAUAUUUUGUCUUUUACCUCCUCAGUCCAUGCUGCAGAAAACUCCCAGAGAGCACUCGGUAUGGAGGCAGCUGCUUCUGCAGGAGACUGCAUGUGUGACCAGGAGGGCAGGCUGGGAAAACAGCAGCUAGCCAGUGCUCAUCCGGGAGAAGAACACACAACAGGCUGCUUCCUACCAGACGUGCACCUCUCUCAUACGCUCCGUCUGUAGUCUGAAUUCCCUCAGCAGGUCUAAGAAAUGCUCCUGGGGCUUGUAGAGCCCAGUGGACACUGAGAGAUACUGAAGUCCACAGAAGGACAGCACGGUUCUGAUCAUGUCUUCAUCCUAGGGGACACUCCCAGGAUGGAAUUCCCUGUAUUGUACCAGAUUCUGAGCCUUCAGAACUCAUUAUUCAUUCACAAGCAUCCCCACACCUACUGGCGUGCACAGUCACUAUGAAUGAAAUAGGCGCGCCCAAACUUCCGACUCUCCCCACCCCCACCCCUCCGCAAGGCGGUUCCCAGAAAUCUUACUGAUAACUCACAGGUAUGCAAGCACACAUACCGUUAAAGAUAUCUCUUGUGUGUCAAGUUAAAACUGGGAUCUGGUUGAACUGAACCUUAGCUGUGUCCAGGGAACUCCCCCGUGAUCUAGCCACAGUGGUCUCAGGAUUAGUGUGUCUGGGGGAAGAUAUGGCCCGGAAGUCUUCACUAGUCCUCAGGCCUAUGUCAGGAUUACUCGGUCUGUGUUGAAGAGCUGGUAAGAUGGCAGGUCCCUCCCCUCCCUUCCGGGCAGUGUAGAGCAGACUCUAAAAGGAGGCUGCUGAAGAGAAGAGUGACAAGCAUCCGUCAUUCCAGUCACCGUACUCAUUCUGUACACGUCAGGGCCAUACAUGCAGACUAGAGGAGAGGCCGCGUGAGCCUGUCCACAACAGCACUCUGCCCCACCAUCAGCACAGACUCUGCAACUCAAGUUCGCUGCCAUGCUCGCCAGGCAUCUGCCAGCCCUCAGGAGAUGAGACGAUCUCUUUCAGGAUUUCCAGGCGAAUCUGUCUACAACACAGUUCUUGUCUAUGAAGAAGCAAGAGCAGCCUCUCAGCACUACACUCUCGGCCAGGGAGAGGAGACUGGCCUGGCUCCAACUCUGUGAACAAGACCCAAAGCUUAAUCCUCGCAUUCUGCCGUAAAGAGAACAUGGCAUUGAUAAUUUCACUCAUCUAGGCUGUUGGGAUUUGCAAUUCACAUCAUAACUCUUUGCUUAAAUUAAAAAAGCUUUUCAAAACAUCGUGACAUCUGCAGCAUUUAAAUUCUAUUUUAUUCUUUGUCCCAGAGCAGGCAGAGGUAGAGUUUAAGAUUAACUCAUUGGGAGCCUCUCAGGAUCGUGCCAUUCUUACAGAAUAUUAAAUUUAACAUAGGCGCAUGCAUUACGAAAAGCUUAUGCAAAACAUUCUUACUGUUAAUUUUGUUAUGCUUGAAGCAUAAUUUAUUCAUCCCUUCUGUCACUGAUAAUUAUUGGAAUUAUGUACUUCUGGAGGCUAAUCCAUUCCCAAAAAGUGCACUUAUAAAUACGGUUCUGAUUUGCAAGUUGAUUUAGGGAAGAGAGGCUGCGGAAAUGCACAAAAUUCUAUGAUUCGUUUCGUUAAAGAGCAGUAAACAGUGGUACCCCAAAUUAUCAGUGCUGUGAGCCAGGUCACAAAUCUGCAUUUUACUAAUGGAUUAUCCAAGAGGUGCUUGUGCUCAGCAUUCCAGCAAUCCAGCCACCCGGGCAUGAAGAGGGAGAAGGCUGGAAACCCUGAGCAGUCUGACUUUCCAUCUGCAUUUCUCUAACUUGAAUCUCAGGAAACCUUCAUGAGAAAUGGGCAGUCCACUGUUUUUCAAAGAAAGCAAACUUUACUGGCAAAUGGGCGCCCUUGUGUAUCCCGUGGGACCUAAGCUGUCUUCUCAAAGCCAUUUCCUUAGGAAAACCGUAAGUGACUGUGAGACUUCACUUCAGCCCCACCUGCCACAAGGGCCACAGGGAGAUGCCCCACGCGAGUCUUCCUCCUCUGUGCACGACAGAAGGGACAGUAGAGUGAAUGCCCCAGUCACAGCCGGCAACGCUCUCGGGCAUCCAUACAGCCUGGAGCCAUUCAGUGGCUGUGGUCUCCACUGCAGGGUUUUCUAUGCCUGAGAUCGUGUCUGUUCCUUUUAGCCCUAUUUCUGUCAGCUAGCUUCACUGACGACAUUCUGCAGCGCUGGUGCCAAGACUGUCGAUAAGCAAGCAUUUUAGUUGUAAUAUGUGCUGCACGCCGGCCACAGCGGCGCAGAGCUGUGUGGUGUGUCGUGGUCAGAGGCGUCUCAGUGGCUGUACAAGUGUACCCGAACGUCAUCGUGACAUGCUGUGUGCCCUUGAAGCAAGAGUGACGUCUACAAGGGGGCUGUCUGCCCGAGCCCUCUGGCUUUCAGCACACACAGUUGACAUUCUCCGUGUGUCUCGUCAGUAGAUGUGAUUGGCACGGGAAGACAGACUUUCCCAUUUGGAGAUCAGAGCCCUCAUACAAAACAGCAUCACAACUGAAAAAGUGGCAGAGACCCGUGUUCCUCACGUGUCGGUCUUUGAUCUGCUGAUUCAAAGAUUAAAUUCCGGACCAGCUGGAUUCACUCUCCAUCCUAACUGGUAUGGGGAUUCUUGAAUGGUAGGAGAAAAACCCUGCUGUGACAUGCUUCAUCCCUUUACAGAGCCCAAGAGUAACGAGCAGGGGCACAGCGGGUCUGCCAAUGAGCCACCUUGGCAGCACGCAGGAAGGCAAAACAGGCAAGAACCAGUUUCCUGGAGCAGGUGGAGAGAGUGGACAAGACCGACAGUGCUGCCUGGAAACUGCCAGGUGCCAAACCCUUCCCUCAAACUCGAGAAGAUCAUCAGCCCCAAAGCUGCAAAAGAGCCCGGGCCAGGGCCAGGGCCCUCCCUGCAGCAGGAGCCACACGGCCCCACCCAGAGCUGACACUGCCAGCUGAAGUUCCACUCACUGCCUUCCCGCCCAGCAAACUUGGUCCCCUGUGCCCAGUCGCGGAUGAGAGUAGCCAAAGCCGCCUUACAUUUGCACUAGUUAUCAACGCUUGAUUGUUCACAUCCCAUUGAAAAGCCUUUAAUGCAGCAGAGGCUAACCUGGGCUAAGGUUUCUAAAGUGAGAACCUGCUUGCAUCAUCUGUGACACCUUUGACCACUAGUAAGUAGAUGGUUCCUGGAGUUCCCGGCUGAGGGGUCCUACUGUGCCACACUCUGAAGGGAGACAGUAGCAGGGGAGUUGGAAAAGCAGCCAUGUUUCAAGCAGAGCACAGUGUAGCAGCGGGGGUAAGGCGGUAGGCAUCCAGCAAAGGAUUCUGGGAGGGCAGGACAGUGAGAGCAUCAGUGAGACCCUCGGAAAAGCCCACAGCCAGGGCAGCACGGAGCCCGCCUCCUACUGGACAGUAGCAAACAUAACACCUCCUCAGCUUCUGCUAGUUUCCCCGUUGUGUCGGGAAGUCACUGCUUUCUCUGCAAGGCUACAGAGCUGGCGGUUGAGCCCAUUUCCCAAGCACAGGGAAACAGUUACAGUGCACCUUGGUGUAGACUCUACAGGAAACUGUCGGCACGUCUCUGAGUUUCACUUUACUAAUGGAAAACUGUAAUGUGGCAGGUUUAGCUUCCUUAUUAGCAAACUUGUAACAACCCCGAGGCAAGAAUACCUACCGAAGUCUCUUCUUGAACAUGGGAACUGUGUGCCCAAACAUCUGUUAAGCCAGUAAGGAUAAGGGGGCCCGGAGUGCUGGGUGACAGUAACAGACCUACUGCAGAGCGUUUUGUAAAGGGAAGCCUUCCCGCCAGCCUGGUUCCAGAACCGCAUCAGUCCCAAAUAAACACACAGGAGACUAUAUUAAUUAUGAA